CCCACCUAGGCUAUUCCCAACUUAGGCCCAUGAAGCGACGAGCUCGCUCUUUCCUCUUCCGCCCUAUCGCCGGCGGCGCGGCUCCAGCAAAGCUCGGCGGCGUGCUCCGGCGACCAAGGAGGCCACGGAAUACUGAGAGGAUCAGUGGAAGUGAGGGCCGGACCUCCUUAGGGCGGAGUCGAAAUUUCGUAGCAGUUGAGAAUCUUCGCAGGUACUGGAGGGCGGCCAUGGAGGAGCUGGAGUUGCCUCUCCCCACGGAGAAGCUCGCCGUGGAUCCGGGCAGGGAGGGAGGAAAGCGAGGUGUGGCUGUGCUCGUGGCCACCGGGAGCUUCAAUCCUCCCACCUACAUGCACCUGCGCAUGUUUGAACUGGCAAAGGAUGAAUUGCAGCAGCGAGGGUAUUCUGUCUUGGGUGGUUACAUGUCUCCGGUGAACGAUGCUUACAAGAAGAAGGGCCUUUUAUCUGCAGCCCACCGAAUUCGCUUAUGCGAACUAGCAUGUGAAAGCUCAUCUUUUGUGAUGGUUGAUCGAUGGGAGGCAAUGCAGAAAGGUUUCCAACGCACCUUGACUGUUCUCUCGAGAAUUCGGAAUGCUUUGUCCAAGGAUGGUUUAGCUGAUGGAGGUAGUCCCAAUGUAAUGCUUUUAUGUGGUUCCGACCUGCUCGAAUCAUUCAGCACCCCAGGAGUUUGGAUUCCUGAUCAGGUCAGGAUCAUAUGUAAGGACUUUGGUGUUAUUUGCAUACGUAGAGAAGGAAAAGAUGUUGAAAAAAUAAUAUCCAGCAGUGAGAUACUGAACGAAUGCAGGGAUAAUAUUAUUUCAGUUGAUGAGAUUGUUCCAAAUCAAAUAAGUUCGUCUAGAGUAAGAGAAUGCAUAAAAAAAUGCCUAUCAAUAAAGUAUCUUGUAUGUGAUGAAGUCAUCCAGUAUAUUGGAGAACACAAACUCUACAAGGAAGCUGACGGCAGUGAUACAAGAAAAUGACAAUAAAGGGUCCAGUGCAGGCAAUCUGAAUAUAGACCUUAAUAUAUUCACGGUUAAAUGUUAGGUGCCUGUUUUAUAGCUAAUAGGCAAAUGUUGUACCCUGGGCAUCUGUUUUGGGAUAUACAACUGAAUUGGAUGAUGAGAAGCAUUUGUUUUAUUUACAAAAAUGAAACAUUUCGAAAUAAAAAGAGCACCUGCUAAUUGCAUGUUGACUGGAAGUUGUAUCAUAAUACAGAUAGAUGAGAUACUUGUCAGCAGUUGUACUCCAACAUGUAAUGCUGGACAUAUUUCCUACAAAGCUUCAUUGUGUCCAUGUUAGUAUGGUUGCUGAUCACAAUAUUUCAGAAAUAACGGCUACUUGUAUGCGUA